CAUAAACAUAAGACGUGUGGUGGGAUUGCGCUGCGUUUUUUGAGGUUACGUUGUUUACGUUUAGCGUGUAGCGCGAGAAUUGACAGUGUAGUGAGCGCGCGCGCGUUUGACUCCUAGAUGUAGGCACGGUCAGUGUUUUGGGCAGUGAUUUUGAAAACGUCCCGAUCAAAGUUGGCGGCGUGGGUGAUCGAACGGCCUACUGCGGUUGGCCGUGAAGAGUUUUGUGCUUGUGUGUACGACAGCCGAUGCAUGACAUAAUAUACGACGGAGGAACAUCCGGUCAUUUUUCUCGGACGAGCUUGGCUCAUAAUUUUUUGGGCAGAAGCACCAACUUAUUAGUGUGGCCAGCAACCUCGAAGAAGAAGAGUUCGGCGACCACGAAGAAGGUCCCAUGUGAACCACGACGGGAAAUUAACAUAACGCAUGUGAACGGGCAAUAAAAAGCAUAAACGCGUGACAAGUGGUCGACGGAACCGUAAACAGAAGUUAGACGAAGAAGCUAGAAGUCAAGAAACAGAACGAAAAAAAUACGGAGGGGGAAACUGACAAGUGCAACACCGGUGAACAAGUGAACAAAACUUCGGAGGGGUUCUCUGUGCAGUGAAUCGAUUAUAUCUGGCCGCUUGGAUCUCUUGGAUUCGUCCCAGACGUUCUGGCCAUGUGAAUCCACCAAAGUUGACGCAGAAGAGAAAACCAGCAGGUGUUGAACGUACUGUGUUCUCGAAGUCACCUGAAGACAAAAAAAAAACACGAAGAAAGAGUCGAGGGUCAGACACCUCCUCCCCUGCGUCAUCAAAGUAGCCCGCGUUGCAGAUGCUCCGACAGUUGUCACCAUGAGAAUCGAGCAGCAGCCUGCUUGGAUCCACCGGCCGUAGAAUUAAGUUAAAAUUAACCUCCCAGCUCAAUUACCGAACCCGCAAAAAUGCACACCGUCGACAACAUUGGUGCUUUCUUCCAGACCUGCAAGGUCCUCUGGCACUUGGACGCCUUCCGGCGAUCCUUCCGGACACUCCAGAACCACGUCUGCGGCGGACAGGACUGUAUAUUCUGCGCCCUAAAGGAACUGUUCUCCCAGCUGCAGACGAGUUCGGAGCCGGCUCUCUGCCCGGAACCGCUGCGACGAGCCCUGGCCAGCGGGCCGCUCGCCGGUCGGCGCUUCCCCCUCGGUUGCCUCGGCGAUGCCGCCGAGUGCUUCGAGCUGCUGCUCCAUCGCGUCCACCAGCACCUGUCACCGAGCGAUGGGGACGCUUGCGAGGCGCCCCAAUGCGUUGCCCACCAACGCUUCGCCAUGCGGGUCGUCGAGCAGAGCGUUUGCGAGUGCGGCGCCAACUCCGAGCAGCUCCCGUUCACGCAGAUGGUGCACUACGUCUCGGCGUCCGCGCUCACCUCCCAGAGCAACCUGUCGGCGCAGAACCAGCAAAGUAUCACCUUUGGCCAGCUACUGCGCAACGCCGGCAACAUGGGCGACAUUCGGGACUGUCCGAAUGCUUGCGGAGCCAAGAUCGGCAUUCGGCGCGCGCUGCUGAACCGUCCGGACGUCGUUUCGAUCGGGGUGGUGUGGGACUCGGAACGGCCGGCCGCCGAUCAGGUGCACUCGGUGCUGAAAGCCGUCGGGACGUCGCUGCGCCUGUGCGACGUGUUCCACCAGGUGUCGGACCAACGGUGGGCCCAAACCGUAAGCCACGAGCUGGUCGGAGUGGUGUCGUACUACGGCAAGCACUACACGACGUUCUUCUUCCACACGAAGCUGCGCGUGUGGGUGUACUUUGACGAUGCGAACGUGAAGGAGGUGGGACCGAGUUGGGAGGGGGUGGUUGACAAGUGUACGAGGGGACGGUAUCAGCCGUUGUUGCUGUUGUACGCGUUGCCGCAGCCACAGCCUCAAGGGCAGCAGAUCACGCCGCAGGAGCUGGCUGCGUUGCAGCAGGCGCAGCAUCGUCGGGCUGUAACGCCGAGUCCGGAGAAGGCGCCGAUGGGUUCGCAGAACCGAAGGGCGAUUACUCCGACUCCGAGUAGAGCGGUUUGUGACUACCAGAAUCUGAGUGUCAUUCAGAGCAAGAUCUUCCCGAACGAGGAGAAGGAGAACUACAUCAGUCGCAAGGCGGUGCAGAGCGUGCUGCACGCUCAGCAGUACCAGAACCUGUCCGUCAUCCAGGACAAGAUCUUCCAGCAGCAGCAGCAACAGCAAGAAGUCGACAAGGAAGGUGGCUACAUCUCCAAGAACGCGUUGAACGCGCAGAUGAGGAAGCAACCGAUGAAUCUUCACCGUAGCUUGAGCGCCGAAUCCGGCCAAGUCUCGCCACCCUCUUCCACGUCCUCAACCUCCUCCCCGGACGGUCUAUCCAUCCCGGAUCACCUCAACCAACCUCGCCGACGAGACUCCGGCAACUGGAGUGGCGAUCGCAACUCGGCGUCCUCCUCCUCCUCCACAACCCUGGACAAUCCGUACCUCUACCUGGUCGGCAAGCGCAACGGCAGCGUCCCCGCUAGCCCCACCCGCCAGGGUCAGUUCUACGACGCCGGGUACGACUCGUACUCGCUCUCCUCCACCGACUCCUUCCCGCCGAAGCACGCAGCCAACGCCAACAACAUGCACCUCGCCAAGAUCCCCGAAUCGGUAGUCCUCAACGGGGACUGCGAGAAGCUCUGCAUGGAAGCGGACCAGCUGCUGGAAAAGUCCCGCAUUCUGGAGGACGCCCACGACCUGGAGACAGCCCUGGUGCUGUGUAAUGCCGCAGCCAGUAAGGCUCGGGCAGCCAUGGACGCACCCUACAGCAACCCGCACACGAUGACGUUCGCCCGGAUGAAGCACAAUACGUGCGUGAUGCGGGCACGAUCGCUCCAUCGGAGGAUCUUGAUCGAGAAGGGUGGGGAGAUCAUCAAGGAGCAACAGCAGCAGCAGCAACAGCUGGCUUAUAAUUUGGCGGGGAUUGGGACCGGGGGUAUUGCGCACCGCCGGCAGAACAGUAAGGAGAAGCUGCUGAGCAGUGGGCGGCAGAACAGCAAGGAGAUGUUGAACGAUAAUACGGGGACGGUGCCGAGGAGUUCGCCGUCAAAGAACAUUGAGAUCUAUGCGACGCUGCCGAAGAAGAAGGUCACGCUGAAGCUGGUGGAGGCGGAGAACAUUGAGGAUGUGAUUACGGGGACGGUUGACGUGAAGCCGGAGCGGGAGAGUCGGUCGUUGUUUGGACGGAGUAAGGACUCGAAGGAGAAGCGAAGCCGGAGUGAGGAUCGCAACAAGAUCAACCGGGACUUCCAGCUGGCGGAUCCGGCGUUGAUCAACGCCAAGGAUACGCUGAAGAAGCACAAGGAGGAGAAGGAGUCCGACAAGAAGGAGAAGGACUCGAAGGGUGGCAAGAAGCAGCACAAGAUCCGUCGGAAGCUGCUGAUGGGCGGGUUGAUCCGGAGGAAGAAUCGAUCGAUGCCGGAUCUGACGGAAGGAGCUGGAGCUGCGGACGAGCAGGCUAGUGCGAACGCACCCAUCAAGCAGAUGGUUUCCAUCGAUGACAGCAUGGUGGGGCAGAGUCUGGCUGCGGACGCAGCCAACAGCGGCUACCUGUCCGAGGGGCACUUUGACUACCAGGUUUCGAACACCAACCCGAACCUGGAACGCAGCAAGCUGAUGCGCAAGAGCUUCCACGGAAGCGGCAAGACGUUGUCGAUCCCGAAAGUGCCACCUCCACCCCCGGUAAGACUGGGAUCCUCCCUGACGGGUCCACAGUUCCAGCAACAACAACAACAACAACCCCCGCAGCAAAUGCUGCAAGUACAAAAGCUCCCCCUCAACGGUGCCAACCUUCGCCACCUGGAGUUCCAGGAGAGUCACCCUACCCCGGCUUCCCCCAUCGAGCCCUACCACAAGGCGAACCUCUCCAACCUCUCCACCAUGAGCUCCAACACCAGCAUGAGCGAAGACUCGUGCCAGACCAUCAUCACGACGUGCGCCGUCGUCCACCAGGAACAAUCCCCCAUGAAGCCGCAAGAUCAGCAGCCCUACCCGUCGUCAUCAGCUUCCGUCGAUGAAGUUGACACGAUCGUCAAGUACACAACCCCUCAACCAACCCAAACCGGCCUGGAACUCCCCCCGUACCCGAGCCCCCCCUCGACCACGUGCCAUUCGCGCCAAGCCAGCGAAGACUUCCCGCCCCCUCCCCCGGCCAUCGACUUUGAACCCCUUAACGAGCAGCUAAGCGAAAUUCAAAGUCUCCAGCAGCAGCAACAGGGUGGCAAAAGCACGCACCCCCCUCAAAACACCACCAGCAUCCUGGCGCAGCUGCAAGCCAAGCAGCACCAGCUCAUGAUGAUGAACAAGUUGCGCGAGCAACAACAACAACCCCCCAACAACCCAAUCGCCGCAAGCGAAAUCCUCAACGAAACGACCCGGUCGGAGAUUUGGCUGAAGGAACUCCAGGCGAAGCAGGUUGCGCUCAAGCAGCAACAGCAGGCGCAGAAUUCUUCGAUGCCGCAACAACAACAACAACAGCAGGUGACGUCUGCGAUGACGCAGCAAGCUGGGAAUGAUCAGCGCAGCGUGCGGGAUUUGGCGUCGCGGUUCGAGCAGAUCAAGAUGGCGCCUGCGGCGCCGACGCAGCCGAUGGCUGCGUCCAGCAUCCGUCCCUACCCGAGCCAGGAGCUGCUGAACGGAAAUGUCAAGCAGAAUUCGAUGCUUCCGCAGCCAUCGAACGUCCGGACGGGUAUGAGCGGAUUGUUGACCGAUCAGAAGCCGAAGCUGACGGCUUCCCUUUCUUUAGAUGGUGCCGCAGGCGUUGACGAGGUGGACUGUGCGUUGGCGUACAAGAUGCUUCCGAAGCCGCGGUACGACAUUGCCCAGUCGCAGAUCCAGGAGGAAAUUCGCGAGGUCGAGAUGCUGAACCAGGUGGUUCAGCAGACGCUGAACAACGCUGGAAGUGUGAGCACCGUUGGUGCCCCCAAGCGGUCCAAGAAGAAGAGCGUUUCGUUCUGCGAUCAGGUGAUCCUGGUGGCGACCGCGGACGAAGACGAGGACGAUACGUUCAUUCCGAACCCGAUUCUGGAGCGCGUACUGAGGACGGCUGGCAGUGGUGGAAGUGACAGCGAGGAAGCUCCCCGGCAGGGCCAGAACUCGCCGCAGCCGACGCUGUCGACCAGCAUAACGUACCACCCGAUCAAGACGCAGUCCAACAGCCAGUACUCACUGGCUGCGGACAUGCACAAGCAGAACAUGGAGAUUCAGCGCCAGCUGCAGCAACAACAACAACAGUACUACCAGCCUCCGGCUGCGGAGACCUACUCGACGCAGUACGCAGCCAUUCCUAGCAACGCGGCUGCGUUCAAGGCUCAAUUUGCCCAGCAACAGCCGCCGCAGCCAUCGAUCUACCAGCAACCUCCAAUGCCGCAGCUUCAACAGCAACAACAACAGAAGCCUCGACUGUACGACGAUUCCGGCAGUGAGCACAGCUACGACAUGCGGAAUGGGCCGCCUGCGGCGGCGUACACUAGCGUGCCAACCUCCCCAUACAUGUCCGUGCCCUGCCCGAUCGAUCAGGGUUUCCAAAUGGUGUCGGCUUCGCCGACCAUGACGACAACCUCGAUCCCGAACCCGGCGCUUCCGCUGGGACUCCGCCAGAAUCUCAACUCGAUGUUAGCACAGCAGGGAAGUCCAAUCCUGAGGCAGCAGCAGCAAUCUCCGCUCAUGAUGUCCCAGCAACCGACCUCCAACGUCUACCAGAAGCCGCCCAUGGCCUAUCAACAACAGCAGCAGCAGCAACAACAACAACAACCCCAAAACAUCCUACAGUAUAACACUAAUCCUAACGCGUAUUACAGCUCUCAACAGCAAACUCAACAGGUUCCCUCGCCCUACCAGAGGGUACCCCUCCCGCACUACCAGGACUCCCCCUACCACGAUCUCCCCCUGCCCCAACAGUCUCAACCCCUCAGCAAUCCCGCCCUCUACCUCCAGCAACAACAACAACAACAAAAACCCAAAAAGGUCUCCUUCGAACCGGGCACCAAACCCGGCUCCGACUGUCCACCCUCCCCACAACCCCAAAAUCAACCCCAACAACCCGCCCAAUCCGUUGACCCCCAACAGCAGCAACAACAGCAGGUAGGCCUCCCCGUCACGACCCGCGUCGCGAUCGCCACCUACAACAGCAACGGCUCGUCCGCCAUCGUGAAAGCGUCCUCGAAGGCGGUGCAGUGCAGCCUCUGUCGCAAGAAGCACUGCAUCCUGCCGGCCGUGUACUGCUCCGACUGCGAGUUCUACAUGAGCCGGUUCCAGGUGCCGGCGGCGAGGCGGUGAUCGCGGGAGCGUUAGCGGGUUUUGUGGCGUUUGUUUUGAGGUUGGCAUUUUUUGGCGUGUACUGUUUUCAUGCGGCUUCGGCGUGAGUGUCAGUUUGACAGUUGUCGCGAGCGUUAGAAGCGUUAGCGCAGGGUUUGGCGUCAUUUCGAUGCUAAUCUGAAUUUUGUUCUUUCCCGGUAACGAAAUAUUCUAGCAGAGCUGGUUCUGUCAGAAUCCUUUUAGAACAGUGUAACAUAUCUGCUAGAAUUCUGUAGGAAUAUCCAGCUCUGUUAGAACUCUGCUAGAAUCCAGCUAGAACGUCGUGACUGGGUAAUUUAUUGCACGAGCUUUCUAAAAAAGAUCCAGUUGCAAAUUUGUUUAGUUUGACG